CCCCUCCCUAAUCUCCAUUGAAGCCCGACGAGCAGAAAACAGAGGGAGAAAAAAGAGGAGAGAGAGAAAAUAGGAGGAAAAAUCUCACCUCCUCUUCCUCCGUUGCCCUGCUCGAUCCCUCGCGAGAAAUUCGCCACCAAAUCUUUCGAUCUGUUGGAUCCAAUCCGCUGAUCCAUCGAUCGGUUCAAGCGAGGGCCCUCGGUCGCCCGGGGUUUCGAUCCGGUCGGAGUCGGAGGAGAUGAAUGGCGCCGGCGGGAGCCAGCAGCAACAGCAGCAACAGAGGCUCAGGCAGCAGCAGCAACAGCAGCAGCAGCAGCAGGCCCUCCUGAUGCAGCAGGCGCUGCAGCAGCAGCAGUAUCAGUCCGGCGUCCUCGCCGCCGCCGCCGCGGCGGCCAUGACUCAGAUGGAGCCUGUUUCGAAUGGCAAUCUCCCACCUGGGUUUGAUCCAUCCACAUGCCGCAGUGUGUAUGUGGGAAACGUACACCCUAAUGUCAGUGAAAGCCUUCUGAUUGAAGUAUUCCAGAGCACUGGUCCAGUGGAAAGAUGCAAGCUCAUUCGGAAAGAAAAGUCUUCUUUUGGGUUUGUUGAUUACUAUGAUCGGAGAUCAGCAGCUAUUUCAAUCAUGACCCUUCAUGGGCGUCACAUAUACGGUCAAGCAAUCAAGGUGAACUGGGCGUACGCAAGUACACAGAGAGAGGAUACGUCUGGGCAUUUCCAUAUUUUUGUUGGUGAUUUAAGUUCUGAAGUGAAUGAUGCAACACUUUAUGCCUGUUUCUCAACAUAUUCUUCUUGUUCUGAUGCUCGAGUCAUGUGGGACAAUAAAACUGGACGCUCCAGAGGUUAUGGCUUUGUCUCCUUCCGCAAUCAACAGGAAGCUGAAACUGCUAUAACUGAAAUGACUGGUAAAUGGCUUGGCAGCAGACAAAUUAGGUGCAACUGGGCAACCAAGACUAAUGCAGAAGAGAAACAGGAAGCUGACAAUCAUAACACAGUUGUACUAACAAAUGGUAGUUCGAGUAAUGCAGCAAUGGAGUCGAACCAGGAUACGGGAAGUAAAGAGAAUCCAGAGAACAAUCCUGAUUUCACUACGGUGUAUGUUGGCAACAUUGGACAUGAGGUUAAUCGGGAUGAGCUUCACCGUCAGUUCUACAACUUAGGGGUUGGGGCUAUUGAGGAAGUUCGUGUUCAACAGGAAAAAGGGUUUGGAUUUGUAAGGUACAGUACCCACGGCGAAGCAGCAUUGGCUAUUCAGAUGGCCAAUGGAUUGGUUGUUCGUGGCAAGCCACUAAAGUGCUCGUGGGGCAAUAAGCCAACUCCGCCCGGGACAUCUUCCAAGCCACUGCCACCGCCAGUCGCUUCUUAUCAGCCCGUAGCAAUGGCCGGUGUGCCACAAGGCUUCUCAACAGCUGAACUUCUGGCUUACCAGAGGCAGCUCGCCUUAAGCCAGGCCGCGGCUGGGCAGCUCGCCGGACAGCACGGUCUCGCUGGUCAGGUAUCCGCGGGUCUCCUUGCUGCUGGUUCCCAGGCUCUCUACGAUGGCUACCCGAACCAGUCAUCGGCGCAGCAGCUGAUGUACUACAACUAGUAUAUAGGGUUAUUAUCAGAGGAAGGCGUUUGUAGUGCUCAGCUUGUUCCAUGCAAGCCUGGCCUUCCUCUCUUUUCGGUUCCUAUUUUCUAUUUUCCUGUACUAUUUGGGCGAGAGCUUUUCUUCACGGGAUUGUGUUUUAUUUUUAUUGUCUUCUCGUUACUGUACUAUUGACCAUUUUAUUGUGUAAUUUCGUUGGUAGCCCUGCUUAUUACUUAGAGUAACUAAUGUAUUCUUAUGUGGAUCUGCGAUUGAUUAAUGUAAUGCUCUUCUGUUCUUCCCCUGA